CGGAUUCGAGACAGCAUACUACAAAAGUCUUUAAAUCUCGUUUCCUCUACGCCUUUAUUCGCUCUCCUGCACCAUUUCGUCAGUUCGUUCGCCGCCGGCGACCCCCGAUACCCUAACCCUAAUCUUAGAGGAAGCGCAGAUCCGGGGAAGAUGAGGGAGAUCCUCCACAUCCAGGGCGGCCAAUGCGGCAACCAGAUCGGAGCCAAGUUUUGGGAGGUGAUCUGUGACGAGCACGGGAUCGACCACACCGGGAAGUAUUCCGGCGAUUCGGACCUUCAGCUCGAGCGGAUCAACGUCUAUUACAACGAGGCCAGCGGCGGCCGCUACGUCCCGCGAGCGGUGCUCAUGGAUCUGGAGCCAGGGACCAUGGAUUCCGUGAGAUCCGGACCCUUCGGCCAGAUAUUCCGCCCGGAUAACUUUGUCUUUGGGCAGUCCGGGGCCGGGAACAACUGGGCCAAGGGGCACUACACCGAGGGCGCGGAGCUCAUCGACUCGGUUCUUGAUGUGGUGCGGAAGGAGGCAGAGAAUUGCGAUUGCUUGCAAGGAUUCCAAGUUUGCCACUCUUUGGGAGGAGGAACUGGAUCUGGCAUGGGCACUCUUCUCAUCUCUAAGAUCAGGGAGGAGUAUCCAGAUCGCAUGAUGUUGACAUUCUCUGUUUUUCCAUCUCCGAAGGUGUCUGACACUGUUGUGGAGCCAUACAAUGCCACUCUAUCCGUUCAUCAGCUUGUUGAGAAUGCUGAUGAAUGCAUGGUUCUUGACAAUGAAGCUCUCUACGAUAUCUGCUUCCGCACCCUAAAGCUUGCAACCCCUACCUUUGGUGAUCUUAAUCACCUAAUCUCUGCCACCAUGAGUGGCGUCACAUGUUGUCUCCGGUUCCCUGGUCAGCUGAACUCUGACCUCCGGAAACUUGCAGUCAACCUGAUUCCCUUCCCCCGCCUCCACUUCUUCAUGGUAGGCUUUGCUCCCCUUACAUCAAGGGGUUCCCAGCAGUACAGGGCACUCACUGUGCCUGAGCUCACCCAGCAGAUGUGGGAUGCAAAGAACAUGAUGUGUGCUGCAGACCCCCGGCAUGGCCGCUACCUCACUGCUUCUGCGAUGUUCCGUGGGAAGAUGAGCACAAAGGAAGUUGAUGAACAGAUGAUUAAUGUCCAAAACAAAAACUCUUCCUAUUUCGUUGAGUGGAUCCCAAACAAUGUCAAGUCCAGCGUGUGUGACAUCCCUCCAAAGGGGCUAAAGAUGGCAUCCACCUUUAUUGGUAACUCAACCUCCAUUCAGGAGAUGUUUCGGAGGGUCAGCGAGCAGUUCACAGCCAUGUUCAGGAGGAAGGCUUUCUUGCACUGGUACACAGGUGAGGGUAUGGAUGAGAUGGAGUUCACUGAGGCUGAGAGCAACAUGAAUGAUCUGGUGGCGGAGUACCAGCAGUACCAGGAUGCAACAGCAGACGAGGAAGAGUAUGAGGAAGAGGAAGAGGAGGUUGCUGCCUGAGGUAUAUUCCCUUUGUGGCAAAGAUUUGUCGUAAUGUGCUGCUGUGAGGGGGGUGGGUUGCUUCAAUAUUAGACAUGCUUGCUGUCUAUGGGUUGGUUGUAUAACUCUUUGUACGACAUAAUGUUUGUGAUGUUCGGAGCAGUGAGUCUGUUUGUAAGAUCAGGGCUUGCAUUUUGUAGGAUUUGGUCAUCUUUUCUGCACUGGAGUUAGCUAUCAGCUUUAUUUGUAUGUGAUUGGUUGCAAUGACGAGCAAGGGUGAUGGAAUGAAUGUUGUAGAGUAUCCCUGUAUUU